AUGGGAAGAAGAGUCCCUUAUGACAAUGCCAAUAAUUCAUUAAUAGUUUCGUUUCUAUAUUUUUCAUUCUCCUUUGUAGCAUUAGCAGCAAGCAUUGCAAUAAUCAUGACUCUAUGUAGUGUUCGAUUUCGAAGAAGAAAAUCUCCAGCAACACCGAAACCACAGCCUCAUACAUUGUCUAAUCCACUCGAUAUUUCAGAAACAAUGAAGAAUUCAUCUACAACACCAACACCCACACCAAAUACACAAGAAACAACAAACGCAAAUGCAACAAUAUUUAUAUCACAAGAACAACCUCGUACCAUGGAGACAACAAAGAUAGAAAAUACAUUAGCAGAAGGAAAUAAUAACAAUGAAAUGUUGAUGAAAGAGUUACCUCUUCCACCUUCCAUGCAACAAGCCAACAACAUAGAUUCAGAAUUUGUGAAAAGGGUAACUUCUGAACGUAAGUUAUCGUUUAGUUUGAGUAUGAAAAUGCCAGGGAGUUUAUCUUUGGCAAAGAAUUGGGAUAAAAAAGAGGAGAAUGAUAUAGGAAAGAAAGAGAAGAUAAAAGGUGAUGAAUCUGUUUGGAUGAAAACAAUUAUAUUAGGUGGAAAAUGUAUGCCUGAUGAAGAAGAGGAUGCUGUUAUAUAUGACGGAAAAGGGAAGAAAAUAUCAGCAUAUCAUCCUAGAAAUUCUGUUUCUUCUACACCAAUAUCACUUUCUAGACAAUGGUCUUCAAUAGCUCUUGAUGUACCUCAAUCAGAUGAGGAAAGAAUUUGUAAAUAG